UGGUUUUCCUCGGGGACCUCGAACAGGAACCUGUGGGGUCCAGGGAGCCCCCAGCCCGUGCACGAACUUGGCGGGUCAGCGCACGUGGCGGCCCGGUCGGUGGGGGGGGGUUCCAGUUCUGCCGCCGCCCAGCUUAUCCCACUCGGGACUCAGCGAGUGCCCACUCCACCAUCUACUCUCCUCCCAAGUGUAGUUUCGCAAACCGAAGGCCCGAGGGCCAAGGUCAUGGGGGGCCGUCCCCGGUCUGCAAGCAGCGCACCCCGCAGUGUCCACCAUCUCAGCGCCUCCGCGCCACCUGAUGGGGUGUCUGCAACUGUUGUUUUUAUGUUGCUGGAGCCCCUUCCUGCUCAGCCCCCACCUAACCCCCAUGGGCGGGUUUAAGAUAAAGAGAAAGAGAAACUUGGGAGGUGGACAGACAGGCUUGCUCCUGAGGUCUUUCUCCUUGGUGCAACUGUUAGAGAAGGUUUGUUAUAGCUAAGUUUCCCUUUUAAUUAUAAUCUUGCCUAAUGCUAAACGAGCUGGAGAGGAGAGUGAUCCCACAGGAGCUAGGAAAUCCCAUUCUGCCCUAGUCUAGGGGUUUGGUCUAGUUUUCUUUGCAGAGACUGGUUUCUACAGCAUCAGCGUAAUUUUACAGUUAAAUUCUUUUUGCGGAGAUGGCAAAACAGCCUGGGCUGGGUUUCCGAGGCCUUGUGUACAUUUCUCCGUGCACUUAGUGUUGAACAGAUGUGGUGUUUACAAAACGCUUGAUUUGGUGAGUAAGUCAUUGUUGGCUGGUGGGUGGCUGGCCUCACUGAGCCCCUGCCAGGUUCCAGCAGCAUGUUACACCAUAGGACAUAAAGUGUGUUUUGUGGGCUCCCCCCUCCAGAACCCCACAGCAUUUAGAGGACCAGAAAGAAGGCGUGUAGCUCCUAGCCUGCUUUGUUUAGGAAAGACGUACAGGCACUGGAAGUCUGAGCUGUGUGUCGGGUAAGUGAAAAGUUGCAGCGCUUCCGCUGGGAAACUAGGAUGUGGGCAGCAAGAAAGUUGCGGCGAAAGGGGCAGGACCUGAGGGAGCGGCAGCAGGUCUUCCACAGCCACAUGGGCCUCUUUUCCUGAGAGCCAAGCCUUCUGCGGCCAAGAGGCUGACUUCUUUAGGCCUGGGCUGCCUUUUCUCUCGCCUGGGAAGGCAGGGAGCCUCCAGAUCCAAGAGGCCUGCCCCUCGGUGUGCCCUCGAGGAGACGGCCAGACAGGGGUCCCUGGCGGUUCACCCCUACAGCUUGUACCAACCCCUGGGAGAUGGUGGAGCAAGGAUCCAAGGCUGGGUCUGAAGGGUCUCACCCUUGGCACCGCAGACCCACCCCAGACCCAUAGGCAGCUUGGGGAGGCCGCAGAGCAAGUAGCAGAACCAGGAUCAGGAUCAGGGACCUGCCUGGCCGCGUUCCCCUCGCCACCCUGGUGAAUGCACCCAGGUUACCUGAGUUCUAAAGUUGUAGAUGUCAGGUGUCCCAGAAACUUUAUUGCUUUGCCCCAAAGCAUUGGUCAGUUUCUGUUUGCUGUGGGAGGCUUGUUUCCAAUUGCUGUUGGAAGUCCGGGUCCACCUUGACUUCCUUAUCUGUGUGGCUGUUCUAGUUCAGUGCUCGUGACCUCAUCCGGCUCCCUGGUGAUGGGCCCUCUUGGAGUUUCCCGUGGGGGGGGACCACCGUUGCCCACUUGGGGUGGUCACCGUGUGGGAGCGUGCGUCAUGCUCAGACCAUGUGGUAGUUAUGUUAUGGGGAUGUGACAGUCUCACUGAUCGCUGACGACACCACCCUCCCCUCAGACCUCCUUCGCUUUGGUGUCUGGUCAGCCCCUCCCGAGCGGCUCCCAGGCCAGAGGGGCGGCACCACUGUCGAGGGUACCUGCGUCCUCAGGAAGUGGGUGGAUGCCUGGGGUGCCGCCCCAUCGGGGAUCUGCACUUUUGAGUUUGAGCCUUUGAAGGCAAAGCUUCCCUGCGUCUGGACUGUACAGGGGCUGGUGAGGCCACUGCUUUUAGUUCAUGUUUUCGUCAUCUUGGCUGUCACAGUGGCCCGAGCAGAGCCGGGGCGGGUCUUGAGGGCAGAGGUCCAAUAGGAGCAGCAGGUGUCACGUGUGGCCUCGUGGAGCCAGGUGCCACGGGCGAGCAGAUGUCCUCCCUCCUGGGCCGCCCAGCGGGACAGGUGCUCACCUUGCUGAGGGCCGGGGAGCGGUCAGGGUUGUGUCCCGGUCUCCUCCGUGGCCUUGGAGAGUCAGCUUAAGAGGGGUCCCCGGACUGAGGUUCUGGGGGCUGAUGUGUCAUGGAGCCGGAGAGGAGUUUGAGGGGGGUUUUAUCUGGCAGAUGUGGUUCUGCUGGCGUUCCCCCGGGCUGGUGAGACAGGGACCCUUGGAUGUGACUGAAGGGAGGGGAGGGUCCCAGGGCGAGGAGGGACCUGGGGGAGGGGAGGGAAAGCAGCACUGGGUCUCUGGAGAGAGGUGUGGGCACGGCUGCUCAGGACAGAAACGCGGGAGGUGGGUGAUGGGGGGGGCACAUGAGGGCUCAGGUGACUUAGCACUGGAGGGGUCCUGGGGUGGAGCCUGUGGGUCCCUCAUGGGCGUGGCUCUUUCUGGAAUGGUUACUUGUGGAGGCUUUGAAUGCAGAGAGCCUUCUGUUGAGCUCUGGCUGGCCCCGUGGGUGUAGACCGGGAGCAUGCAGGGCCGAGCUUCCUGAGGCCUGUGGGCGUGAGCACCCUUUGGGGGGGCUGCUGUGUGGUGGGGCAAGAGGUGUCCUGCCCUGUAGGGGUGGGGGUGGAGGGCCUUUUCUCUGGGGCUUCUCUCUUGCAUUUUGGAGCUGUCUUGGGCUCUGCAGGGUGUGGAACAGCAUCCCUGGCCCCCACCCCCUCGAUGCCAGAAGCCACAGAUGUCCCCAGACGUGGUCCAGUGUCCCCUGGGGGCAGGAUUGUCCAGGUGAGACCCCUGUUUGGGAGCAUUUGCUCUUUGAGGCCUGGUUCCCAGUGUGUCCAUGCCACUCGCUUCCGUGGGUUAGGACGUGUGUCCCAGGGCUGUUUGGACGCCUGUACAGUUGGCUGUGAUGCUGGGGGCUGCUCCGCUUGACUCCCUUCUGGUUCUGGCCGUUGCAGUGGGCCCAGCACCUGGACUUGGUGGCGUGCUGCCCUCUGUGCGGGGCCCCUCCUCAGAACCCCUGCCCUGGGUUGCGCUGGACCUCUGUAGCUUCAGCUCUGACUCCUCCCUUGGCAGGGCACACCGAGGCUUAGAAGGGUCAGGGGACUCGGUCAAGGUCACUCCCAGGGUGGCCAGGCUAGAAUUGGGGGCACCCCUGCAGGGGAGCGCGGCUGUGUUUCGGCGGAGGUCGCUGUCUGGGGGGCUCCGGCCAGCGGGGGUUGGUGGGCUGUGGUGUCUUUUGGGAGCUGGCGCGCCUCCCACGUGCUCAGCGAAGGUCAACCCAGGCUUUCCAUGUGUUGUGCGGCCCCAUAGUUUGUGAGAGGUGAUCUCACCGGCCGGUGGAGGGAAGCCCAGCCUGCGGAGUGAGAUCCCUGCCCCGACCACUGUCUUUGGGGUGUCCAGUCUGUCACAGCAGAAGGGCUGGAAGUGGGGUGGCUCCCUGGCUGCAGAAAGGCGUGAACACAGGCUGUCGAGGAGAGGGCCGCCUGCCGGACCGUGUGAGGGGUCCUGGCCUUGGCCCCCUGUCCUCCUGGGCGCGGCAUGUGGUGCCUGCCAUGGGCAGCCUGGGCCGGGGAAGCCACCGGAGCCUGACUUUCUGGUGUACAUACCACACAGUUGCCCUAAAGUACCCAGAGCAAGGACAGGGGAGUCAUCCAGAGCAGGUUUCCAUUCAGCAGCCGGAAGAGGGUGAGUGUUUCCCAGACCCCAGCACCUGGUCACUUGUGCCAAACCCCUUCCUGGAGGAAGGCAGCGAUCCCAUCCCGGCAGUUGGGGUGCAUACCCCGGCAGCCAGCGCUGACUGCAGACCUCUUCUCCGGUCUCCAGGGAUGGAAGGGUGUGACAGAGCCAGGAGGUCCCCUGGGGGCAGGGUGGGGUCUGUGGGAGGGCCCCCCAGUUUCCAGCUUCAGCUGAGUGAUGACUCUGGCACCCUUCAUAGCAGGGAAGGGCUGGAGAGAGGCUGCCACGCAGGGUCAGCUGACCCUUCAUCUGCUGAGUUGUGUGUAAACGCCCAGAAAGGCCUGAGGUCAUCUGGUGCCAAGCAAGUCUGUCUGGGCCACCCCACGACGGCAGCAGGGUGGGCAGAGCCCGGCGCCCUGUGCAGGUGUGUUGGCUGUGAUACCGGCGAUGGCGCCAAGUCUGCCUAGAGCCCCCGAGUCCCUGCCACCGCGAGUCAGCGAGGUCUCCCUGGGCCUUCCGGAACCUCCAUCUGCAGACAGGGAGCAGGAGGAAAGGAAAUAUAUAAAGCACCCAGCACAGCGCUGGCAUGGGGUCUCCGGUCACAAAGAGCUCUCUCCUGUGCCAGCUGUGCUCCUGGCAUCCUCUCAGGGGUGAGCAGCUUUCGCCUCCUAGUUUAUAUAACUUGGGACUCACAGAGCAGUGGCAGGAACGGGGGCACGGUCGCCACGAUCUCCUCACGCCGGCCCCGCUGCAUGCUUUCCAUGCCACGUUCCAGCCCUGUGCGCCUCUGGACGCUCCUGUGUGUCCUGUUUUCCAAGAAGAGAAACGUUUUCUAAAUACAGCACAGUGAUAAAAUCAGGAAGCACAUAUCAACACCAUAUCAUCAUCUAAUACACAGGGCAGAUUCCGGUUUUGUCAAUUUGCACAGGUGAUGGCCUUUCUCUCUCUUUUCCCCUUAACGUCUGAUUUUGAAAUUUAAACGAGGGCUGGAACCUGGACUGGUCAGACCAGUUCCUUCCUCCUCAGCGGCAUGGGGGUUGGGUUGCUUGGAGGGACUGGCUGACAACCUUCCUGUCCUGAUCACAUGCAGGCUAAACAGAGGUGGGUAUUCCUCUAAGUGAGUUGGCGUUUGUCUCAGGUUUUUUGAGAAUGCUCCAGCUCCUUUGUUUCUUCAAGCUGCUUUUCCACAGCAAACCCGUUUGUGCUUGUGCCCAACGCCUGGGCACAGAGGCGGUCCAUUGCCAGCCUCAGGGCUCUUCGGUCAUUGCCUGCCUGGGUGCCAGGCCCUGGGGCAGUGGGGCACAGCUGCGGGCUGUACUCCCCAGGGUCUCUGGGAGGCAGGAGGAGCCUGGUCUGACCUCGCAGGGAUGCGUAGGGGACAGGACAGGAAGGUCACGAGGCCCGGGUGUGAGCUGGCCUCCCGAUCCAGAAACGCGCUCUGUGUCGGGGGACGGGGGCAUGUUGAGGAUGGCAGGGGCCACCUGUCUGGGGUGGGGAAAUUGUUUCUUCCACACUGAGUUUCUCUCCCCCAGGCAGAAAGCCGCAGUGGGAGGGACCCCUGAGUGCGGCUAGGGCCACUGCCCUGCAAGGGUCUGUCCUUGCAUCCCAGCUGCCGGUUUUCGGGUGCUCGGAGGCUCAGCGCGCUCAGCCUCGGGGGGCUGUUUUGUCUUCACGCCAAGCAAGGUGGGGUUGGCUGUGGAUGGGGACAGUGCCUGGGUGCUCUUCCGAGGGUGACGGUGUCAUUCCUUUCCCCAUGGCAGCAGGUGGGAUGGAGAGCCCCGUCCCCUGCCUGCCCUAUCACACCUGCCCCGGAUCGGGUUGGGAGCCUGCAGCACAGGGCACCUCUCCGUUCACUUAGGCCCAGCCAGCCUGAAAGUGGCGGGCAGUGGAAGGUUCCUGGGUUCUGGACCCGCCCCGGGACUAUGUGGACACUAGGCAGGGAGACCACCGGAAGUUUUCCUCUCAAACAUUCUAGGGCACCUGUCCAAAAGGACAGCCCGGGCCACCCUGCCACGUCUGAGCUCCAGGGACCUCCCCAGUGAUUUGUGGGUCCUUACUUGUGACCACGUGCUGCAUAUCCCAGCUUUGUCCUAAAGCCCUCAUCCCCGCUGUCGUCCGAGUUUGUUGCGUGGGAUCUCAGCUCUGGACUUGGAAACCUUUGGUGUUUGCUGAGCAGUUGGGAAGCUGCCCCGUGAUCCUGCUCCCAAACUGGCACGGAAGCUCUUCGUGGGCGGUCUUGACUGGAGCACCACCCAAGAGACACUGCGCAGCUACUUUUCCCAGUAUGGAGAGGUUGUGGACUGCGUGAUCAUGAAAGACAAGACAACCAACCAGUCUCGAGGCUUUGGGUUCGUCAAAUUCAAAGACCCAAACUGCGUGGGCACAGUGCUGGCCAGCAGACCACACACCCUCGAUGGCCGAAACAUCGACCCAAAGCCCUGUACGCCUCGGGGGAUGCAGCCGGAGAGGACGCGGCCGAAGGAAGGCUGGCAGAAAGGACCCAGGAGUGAUAACAGUAAAUCAAAUAAGAUAUUUGUCGGUGGAAUUCCUCACAAUUGUGGUGAGACAGAGCUCAGGGAAUACUUCAAGAAAUUCGGAGUGGUCACGGAAGUGGUCAUGAUCUACGACGCGGAAAAGCAGAGGCCUCGAGGUUUUGGAUUUAUUACUUUCGAGGACGAACAAUCAGUGGACCAGGCUGUCAACAUGCAUUUUCACGACAUCAUGGGCAAAAAAGUGGAAGUUAAACGGGCCGAGCCACGGGACAGCAAAAGCCAAGCGCCAGGCCAGCCGGGGGCCAGCCAGUGGGGCAGCCGGGUCGUGCCCAGUGCCGCCAACGGCUGGGCAGGUCAGCCCCCGCCCACGUGGCAGCAGGGGUAUGGCCCGCAAGGGAUGUGGGUGCCAGCAGGACAGGCGAUCGGUGGCUACGGACCGCCCCCCGCAGGAAGAGGAGCCCCCCCGCCGCCUCCGCCCUUCACCUCUUACAUCGUGUCUACCCCUCCUGGAGGGUUCCCCCCUCCCCAGGGCUUCCCCCAGGGCUACGGCGCGCCCCCGCAGUUCAGUUUUGGCUACGGGCCUCCACCUCCCCCACCGGAUCAGUUCGCCCCCCCAGGGGUUCCCCCACCACCGGCCACUCCGGGGGCUGCACCUCUGGCCUUCCCGCCGCCUCCGUCUCAGGCCGCUCCGGACAUGAGCAAACCGCCGUCGGCGCAGCCCGACUUCCCGUACAGUCAGUACGGUUACGGACAGGACUUGGCGGGCUUCGGACAGGGCUUCUCAGACCCCAGCCAGCAGCCCCCCUCCUAUGGGGGCCCCUCGGUGCCCGGCUCGGGGGGUCCCCCCGCCGGCGGAAGUGGCUUUGGACGCGGUCAGAACCACAACGUACAAGGAUUCCACCCCUACCGACGCUAGCCGCAGCACCUUGAGGAUGUCGGGCGGCUGAGGCCAGGAUUCAAACUUGUGAACUCGUGACAAUCACAAACUUGGGGAAAAUACCAACUGGAGCGUGGGGGGCUUCUGGCGGUGGCUGUGGGCAUCUGGACCGAAGUUUUUAAACGUAUUAUUUCUCUAACCCAUCAGCUCAAUAAAAAAGUCACUGGUUCAACAACAGGGUUAAAAAAAUUCUUCAGCUUUAAUUCAAAACUUCAGGUUUCUUUUUCUUCCUUUUUUUUGCAAUUAUUUUCCUGAGCCUUUAUUUUACCGUAUAUUGUAAACUUUUAUGUUAAAGAAAAAAAUAUACAUUUACAAAUUGUGAGAUUUUUAAGAGAAAUUUUCUACAAUGUAUACUCGCUUAUUUUUUAAUUUAAAACAGGGUUUCUGUCGGCACUGGUGGAGGUGAGGGGCGUUUUUAGUCCCUCACUCCUGGCUUUGAGGGUUGGGACUCGUUGGUCCAGAAACUCUGGGAGCUUAAAGAAGAAAUCUACUGAGUGUGUUUUGUUUUUUGUUUAUUCUUUGCUUUUGUCGACUGGCGUGCCUGGCCAUGUCUGCAGGUGCGCCGUGGGGCCGCGCUCGCCUGCGUCCGCUCUGGCGUCAAGGACCAGGAGGAGGCCGGGCCAGCCCAUCUCCCGCGCUUGGGGCUUUAGGGCGUCCCCGCUGACCGGUUUGAAUAAAGAAAGUGCGUUUGGAUUAGAAACCCA